ACGUCGCGACUACUGGAGCCGGAUGUCACGGCAGCAGAUAGCCUCGGCGAUUCGUUGCGUGGACAACUUGUUUUGGCAACAAACAGUCGCCUUCGCGGCGCAGGGGAAGAUGGGCUAUUCUUGCUCGGCCAAGCAACAAAGGCUCAAGGAUUCGGGAAGUGCUUGAACAGCCCCAGUCGGCCGGGCAACACGUACCUCCGGUUGCCUGGCCGAAGAGUGCCGCGUGUUUGUUCACCCAUUCGCUGA